UUAUUUACGGUUAUUUAAAAAUUAUGCUCCUUUUUUAAACGUAUAGUAACGAUACAAGAAAUAUCAAUUAUACAAAUUAUUAUCCUUUCAUAUGCCAUAGAAGGAUACAUUUAUUUUUAUUCACAGUUUCUAUGGUAACUGUUCAUUUGACUGGAAAGCAAUUUUGAAAAACUAUUUUCGAGAAAUAAAUUUUUGAAUGAUGGUUGACUUUAUUGAAACUUCUAAUUUGGAGGAUAUUACACAUGCCUUAGAAGAUAUGGACAGUUUAGACAUGGAAUUAUUUAAUGAUUCAUUUAAGAAAUCAAAGUCAUCUACAAGUAUUUUUAAAGAUUCUAAUGCGCAAUUGGAUGGAGAAAUAAAAAAGAAAGUCAUAUUUAAAGAUCCUUCGGAGGAUGAUUCGUUAACUGGUUUGCUAUCUGACGAGGAAAUUUCUUUAAAAGAAAAGAAAAACUUAUUUGUAACUGGUAGUAAAAGUAGCCUGAUGGAAGAUUUGUUUAAGAUAAAGACACCAGGUCCAUCCACAACAAGUAUCAAAUCAAAUAAUGAAUUGGAAUCAAAACUCAAUUCUGAGCACGAAGAUGUUAAUCAAUUGUUUUCACAAAAACCAAGCAGUCACCUGACUUCUAAGAAUAAUUCUAUUUUAUUAAAAAGUGAAUCAUCUGUGGAAAAACAUGCACAGAAGCUAAAAAGCUUAUCUAAAACUGAAGAGGAUAUUUUAACUAAUUUAAUUGAUAAACCAAGCAUGGUAGAUGAUAAAUCAAGGUCAUCAUUAAGAGAGAGCUUAUUUGAAAAUAAACCUCGUUCAUCUGCUACCAUGGAUUUUGUUAUUCCUAAGAAUACUAAAAAAGAAGAUUCAGAAAUUUCAAUAAAAUCUGUAGAUUAUGUAAACACUGCACAAAAGUUGAAGUCACAACCUCUUAAUGAAUCAAGUAAACUUUCUACAAAAGAAUCUCGUAGAGGUAGAAGGAAUACAAAAAUCAUAAAUGAUCCUCUUGGUUUAUUGCCAACUAAUUUGCUCUCUGACCAAAGUUUAGAACUGCUAACAAAUGAAAAUGUGCCAACUAAAGAUACUACUACACAAAAUCCCAGAUUAGAUGAAAAUUUACCAGAAUGGUUGGGAGGUACAAAAAUAAUAAGUCAAAAACAAACCAGUGAAAUAAAGGAUAGUAUAGCAUCAAAGGAUGAAUUGUCUGAUAAAGUUGGAAAAGAAUCUACUUCUAAAGAAAAUAUUGAAUCACAGGAAAGGCUCUCGACAUCUACAAUGAAAAGAGAUGCAACAGAAGUAAGUGGUUCAGAAGCUGUACAUGUUCCAGAACAUUUUUCAUUGUUAUUUAGUACACAGUUUAAUCAGCAAGCUGCAAUUAUGACUAUGCAGCAACAAGAACACGAAUUAAGAACAGCAGCUAUUCUUUCUCAACAAAAUGAACAAUUGAGUAAGGUAUCAGAUGCUCAACAUUCCAUACUUGAUCAUCAAGAAAAGCAAUUUAAUUCUCUCCUAAAAUUACAACUAGAAAAGCAGCUUUUACUGGAAAAACAAAUAAAAAUACAACAAGAACGAAUUAAUCAAUAUAUUCAAACAUUAAUGGCUCAGCCUAUUUCAAUAUCAAGUAAUACAUCAGUUUAUGCAUCAUGCAAAUCAGAGGAAAGCGAAAAAUAUUUAGCACAUGAGAAAGAAGAAAUGGAAAAUACAAUAAAAACGUUACAAAUAGAAAUAUCUAAAUUAGAAAGUACAUUAUCCACUAUAAAUGAAAGACAUGAUAAUGAGGUGAUUUAUCAAGCGGAAUUCUACAAUAGGCAAAUUUCAUUUUUAAAAGAAGCGAUGAUAAAAGUAGAAGAAAGAGCGAGACAGGAAAUCGAGCUUUUAGAGGCAGAUUACAUGGUGAAACUUGAAAAAUUAAGAAAUGAAAAAAUAGAAAUAGAAAAUCUGUACAAAGAAGAAAUUCACAACUUAAAGAAUGAAUAUGGUCAACGUACAGAAGAACUUAACAAACUACAUUUUCAACAUGUGGAACUCGUGCAAAAGGAAUAUUCUAAUAUAAUAGAAAGUAUAUGCACAGCCAAGCAGUCAGAAAAUCAAAUAAUAGAAACUAUAACCAGUAGAAAGAUUGAUAUAGAGGAUAUGUUGGGAAAAGCUAAUGCCAUUAUUGAAAGUAUGAAGAAGAACAAAGAAGAUAUCGAACUCAAAAAUAAUGAAAUAAUGGAACGCCGAGAAAAUUAUUUAAGAGUAUACGAGGAUGAUAUAAAAGCUCAACAACAAGAAUUAAAACAUCAAAAUAGUGUUUUGGAAGAACAUCGUAAUGUAUUUAUGAAAACAACUGAGCAAUUCAGCACUCGUCUCACUCAUCUUAUAACUGAAUUAGAGAAACAAACUACACAGAGCAACCAAACGCAAGAAAUGCUUGAAAACAAAGCAACAAACCUUUUACGAGAAAGAGAAUUGUUUGAAGAAAAAGUGAAGUGGGAAAGGCAUUAUCUGCAGACAUUAAAGGAAUCUUGGAUGAAAGAACAAGAGAGACAGUUAAAAUUACUUACAGAAGAAAGAGAGACAGUAGCAGCAGAGAAAGCACAACUAGAAAUUCUAAGUAGACUAAAAACUGAUAGUGGUAGUGUUGCGAAAAUAGAGUUGCAAGCUGCCAUUAAAGCUGCAGAGGAAGUAACUGCCUGUGCUAAUCAAGAAAAACUAAAGUGGCAUGACAAAAUUAAUGAACUUAAUGUUUAUAAACAGGUUUUGCAAGACAAAGAAAAUUUGCUUAUUUUACGUGCCAAAGAACUUGAAAAUCUUACACAGGCAGCUUUAACUAAAAAAGAAGAAGGAAUAAAAGCUUUGAAAGAUGCAAAGCAUAUAGAAAACGAAAGUAAAGGAACACUGAGUUUAUUACACAUGCAGCUUAAAGCAUUAAUGGAAAGAGAGAAAAGAUUUGCUGAUGAACAGUAUAAUGAUUCAAAAGGAAAGAUGAUAUCAGUAUCUUGUGAAACUGAAAAACCAGAACGAGAUAUAAGUACUCCAUGUCAUUUUCGAAAUGAAAUGUUGCCUUUUCCUAUUACACAUUCGACAUCCCUAAUCACAUCAGAAUUAAUGAAAAUCGUGGAUCCAAAUUUAAUUAUGCUUAAAUUGAAUCUCGAUGAUCAUUAUGACACCAUUACUUAGCGCAUGUAAACUUUCGAUUAAUACAUUAUAAUCCAGGAGCCAAUGUACAUUUUUUUCACGUUAUUUGAGGA